AUGGGUAUUGAUACUAGCACGGGUAGCGUGAAUUCCGACUGGAACCAUGAGCAAAAUGGUCUCGAUUGGGAAGGAACUUGCGCGACCGGUCGCCGACAGACUCCGAUUAGACUCUCCCUUGAUUCUUCGCUCAUCAUGCCGUUGCCACGUAUUUUCUUUGGAAACUAUGACGUUAGGCUAAAUCGACCGCUGACAUUGAUAAAUAAGGGAUAUACAGUUGAUAUGAGCAUACCGGAAACACGAAAUGGACAGAAGCCGUUCAUUACUGGGGGACUUCUCAAGGGACAGUAUGUUGCCGAAGGGGUACAUUUCCACUGGGGAUCCCCUAAUUCACGGGGCGCUGAGCAUUUGAUAAACAACAGACGUUACGAUAUAGAAAUGCACAUCGUGCAUCGGAAUACUCGGUACAGUGACGUCAGUGAAGCUUUGAAUCAUCCCGAUGGCAUUGCAGUGCUGGGCAUUAUGUUUAAGAUUGUUAAUACUCCGGAUCGCAUUUAUCCAGGCCUAAGAAAGAUCUACUCUGAACUACCCAAUUUGGUUGAAUACAAGGCCGAAGCGGAGAUUCCCGGUUCGAUUACGCUUGGUCAGUUACUGGGCGAUUUAAAUACUCGUGACUUUUAUACCUAUAAGGGAUCCUUGACUACUCCCGAUUGCCAAGAGGCUGUCACUUGGACGGUAUUUUCUCAGCCCAUUCCCAUCGCAUACUCGGAUGCGGCCAAGUUCUGGAAUAUUCUGGAUUCUAAUGGGAACCCGAUUGAAAACAACUAUCGCAUUCUUCAACCGCGCAACAAUCGUCCUGUUUUCUAUCGCACUACCAAAGAUUUUGGUAGCUAUUAUGGAUAGUAACCGAUAAAAUAAUAGAUCAAUUUCAAAUGUGUUUUUUACAUAAACAUGUUGAUCUACCCAACAUAGAAAUUUUGAAAAUCUUGCCGAAGUCUUACCAUAAUUUUAAUAGAGACGGAACCGUAACCCACGAAUCAGU